AUGGCCAAGAAAGUCCUCGUGGGAUAUGGAGUCGAUAUCGAUGCCGUAGCAGGAUGGCUGGGAAGCUACGGCGGAGAAGACUCAUCUAGUGAUAUCAGCAGAGGUGUAUUCGCGGGCACCAUUGGUGUCCGUCGUCUCCUCAGGCUGUUUGACAAGAACGGCUUCAAAGCAACCUGGUUCAUCCCGGGCCACUCUCUCGAGACCUUCCCAGAGGAAUGUGCCAUGAUCCGAGACGAAGGCCACGAGAUCGGUCUCCACGGAUACUCCCACGAGAACCCAGCCGAUAUGAAUUUGGAGCAGCAAAGAGACGUGCUUGAUAAGACGUACAACAUGCUCACAGAGUUCUGUGGGAAACCUCCAAGAGGUAGUGUAGCUCCGUGGUGGGAGACUUCCAAAGAGGGCGCUGAGCUGCUGUUGAGUUAUGGCAUUGAGUAUGACCACAGCAUGUCUCACGAUGAUGCCCAGAUGUACUGGCUCAGAAUCGGAGAUACCUGGACCAAAAUCGAUUACGAGAAGAGGGCUGAGGAGUGGAUGAAGCCUUUGGUCAAGGGCCAGCCAACGGGACUGGUUGAGAUUCCAGCCUCCUGGUACAUUGACGAUCUGCCUCCUAUGAUGUUCAUCAAGAAGGCCCCGAACUCGCACGGAUGGGUUGACCCCAAGGUGGUGGAGCAGUUGUGGAUGGACCACUUCGAUUACUUCUACGAAAACUAUGACGAGUUCUGCUUUCCCAUGACUAUUCAUCCUGAUGUAUCGGGUAGACCACACGUUCUGAAGAUGCACCAAAGGAUCAUCGAUCACAUCAAUAAACACGAGGGUGUUGAAUGGGUCACGUUCGAGCAGAUGACCGACGACUUCAAGAGCAAAAACACCCCCGAAGCAGGAGCAGUGAUGCCCGCCGCAGUGGGAGCGAAGCUCAAGAAGAGAUAUUCCACGACUGAAUGA